AUGAACAACAAUGGUAGUAGUGGUAGUAGUGUUGCUCCAAAGAUAGUGCAGAUCGAAACAAGGUACGUUGAAACCGACCCUAUUAACUUCAGACAAGUUGUUCAAUCUCUCACUGGCAAGAACUCUUCCAUGCCUAUUGUUACUCCUUCACCGUUAUCUUUCACUGAACGAGAACAAGAAGAAGAAGCAAUUAUGGCAUAUCGUCAUGGUAGUGUCGGUGCCAAGAAGCCUCAAGAACAAGUUGCCGUCAAUCAUCAUGCUGCUACCAUCAUACUCAACAACAAUGUUUCCUUCAAGGACUUUGAUGCAUUGUUGUCUGAUUUGCCUUCCAUUCACGACCUACUCUACUAG